AAACACACGGCAGCACAUGCUGUCAUUCGGUCCAUCUCAGGGGUUUAACUCUGUUAAUUGGAUCACAGUAACCAUCCAUCUCUCACGGCACUAACUGACCCGCUUACAGAACACACAGUCCACACUUGUUCGCAACUACUGUCCGUCCACUACUGUCGCCGGAGCUCAAGGUCAACAUGUUCAGAACGAUGUACCAGCAAGCAAAGAAACAUCCAGGGCUCAUCCCUCAGUUCAUUUUCCUGUUUGUGGGUCUGGGGGGAGCUUCUCUCUAUCUGAUCCGACUGGCUCGUGGACCUCACGUCAGCUGGGACAGGAAGAAUAACCCUGAACCGUGGAACAAACUCGACCCGACCUAUCAGUACAAGUUGGUGGCCAUCACCACAGACUAUGAGAGUCUGAAGAAGGAAGGACCUGACUUUUAAAAGACCUCAGAGGAGCUACACACACACACACACACACACACACACACUACAGGUUUAUUUACUAAACGCUGUAUCCCUGAUUCUCCUGCUUCCACUGAAAACUAAUUAAUUCAGUUCUUUUAAUAGCUAGCUAAAAUAUGAAGCAGCACAACUGUUUUCAAGAUUAAUUAAAUAAAUGUUUCUUGAGCAGCAAAUCAGCAUAUUGGAAUGAUUUCUGAAGGAUCAUGUGACACUGAAGACUGGAGUAAUGAUGCUGAAAAUUCAGCUUUGAUUAAUAAUUCACAAGAGACAUAUAUACAGGGCCUAAAACUAACUUUUUGCCACACUUGUACUACUGAGCUGCUGUAGCUCAAAUUGCUCAAGAUUUGGUUCUGAUAGAAAGGUGUCAGAAUACACAGUGCAUCACAGUUUGUUGCAUUUGGGGUUGCAUAGACACAGACCAGUCAGGGUGCCCAUAUUGACCCCUGUCCACCACCGAAAGAGCCAACAGUGGACACGUGAGCAUCAGAACUGGACCACGGAGCAAUGGAAGAAGGUGGCCUGGUCUAAUGAAUCACGUUUUCUUUUACAUCACGUGCGUCGCUUACCUGGGGAACACAUGGCAGUGUGAUGCUUUGGGCAAUGUUCUGCUGGGAAACCUUGGGUCCUGCCAUCCAUGUGGAUGUUACUUUGACACGUACCACCUACCUAAGCAUUGUUGCAGACCAUGUACACCCUUUCAUGGAAACCGUAUUCCCUGGUGGCUGUGGCCUCGUUCAGCAGGAUAAUGCUCCUGCCACAAAGCAAAAAUGGUUCAGGAAUGGUUUGAGGAGCACAACAACGAGUUUGAGGUGUUGACUUGUCCUCCAAAUUCCCCAGAUCUCAAUCCAAUCGAGCAUCUGUGGGAUGUGCUGAACAAACAAGUCCGAUCCACGGAGGCUCCACCUCACAACUUACAGGACUUAAAGGAUCUUCUGCUAACAUCUUGGUGUCAGAUACCACAGCACACCUUCAGGGGUCUAGAGGAGUCCAUGCCUCGACGGGUCAGGGCUGUUUUGGCAGCAAAAGUGGGACCAACAGAAUAUUAGGAAGGUGGUCAUAAUGUUAUGCCUGAUCGGUGUAUAUAAUCGCACUGUGCACCUUUCACAUGUGAAGUGUGAAGAUGCAUUGUGGUUUGACAUCAGUGAUGAUUCUCACGUGAUUCUCCUGAUAACUCACCACAACAUUGUAAUUUCUAGGUGAACUAUUUCUUUAAAAAAAAAGCAUGAAAAUCAAAUGUAUUCGUCACAUGCAUCCCAUGCAGUUUGAGUCUCUAUUUGUUUGAGAACACAAAUGUUUGCCGUCUUUGUCCAUCCGCCGAAAACCACAUUUUUGUGGCCCUUUAGAAAAACCCCGAAGUUUGUUGUGGGCAUAUUUGCGGGACAUUAGGAGGGAGAAUUGCCGGCCAGCGUGUGCAUACUGAGAAUAAUGCAUGUUAUCUAGCAGCAAUCACUCCUGUCCUCUGCACAGCUGGGUACCCAAACACACACACACACACACACCGAAAGCAUUCAGUGCUUCAAUAAAGGAUAUGCUCCUCGUCUCUGCCUUCACACACACACACACACACACCUCCAGACGCUCCACCUGCGGCGUGUGAGAGCUGCUUCUGUCAGGCUCCAGCACAUGCUGACAGGUAAUCAGGUUGGUUGAAGAAACGCAUCAGGCAUAAUCACACACAGACACACACACAGGGGCCGUCAUUACCUAAGCGGAAGGCGCGGCGACCCGUCAUGAUUGCAUUGCCUCCAUUUGUUAUUCUUUGUAUCGCUAUUCAUCUACAGGCCGAAUGCAAUCUACACACACAGUGAGCAAAACACCUCCGACCGUCCCGCAAUACAAGUACAAAUAACUACAGCAACAAUCACAAUAAAUAAAUAAAUAAACAAAAAUAUGGUGUUAUGCAUAUUCUGCUCUAACAUACACUCGAGCUGAGGUGUUUGUGAGCAUCUGAAGAUCACGUUGAUUAAUGAAUCAGACCACCUGUAAAUGCUCAUCCAUUACUUGAACUAAACAAUGCAUGAAAUUCACCUCAACAUCGUUAUAUUAGCAGCAGAAUAUCCAUAUAUCUAGUGAGCUGAAGUCUCUAUUCAGAUCAUAUAAACACCCUUCAGAAAUAAAUAAUGAAAAAUCACAAGAAAUGACUGUAAAAUCUAGGACAAAACUAUCUAGGAACUAGUUUGCAUUUUAAUAUCCAUGUACAAUGCAAUGCAUCGCUGAAAUCAUGCUUUUUGUACUGUGAAGUCAUGCAUCUUGAUGAAUUCUGGACAAUGUAAGAUGUGGUGAUGGAGAUGCAUGUCAUGAUCAAUUAUAUGCUGAAGAACUUUCACAAUUAUACAAAUGAAAAACUAAUUUUUGACAUUAUUUGACUUACCUGCAUUCAUCAUAACUUGUAACUGCUGAACUGUGAUUCUAAUAACAGUA